AUGGAUCUCCAGGGAGAAAACGACUCAGAACUGAAUCUGGCUGAGGACUCCAGGAGACAGCAAAGGAAAGGCAAAGGCAUGAAAAGCUCCCUUUUACAAACCAAACAGCAAAUGUCCUCUGCAGAAAUGGAGUUUCCAAAUGCUUCUCAAGAUCCUCAGUGGAAUGACAAGAACCAUCGCACAGAUUCACCAUCCCCACCAGAGAAGCUCAUUGCUGGGAUCCUGGGAGUCAUCUGCUUUGUCUUGAUGUACACUUUAGUAAGAAUGAUUCUCUGGAGCCAGACAGUUACAGAAGAGAAGGAGACAGGGAACAAAACAGGGAACCGGAAAGCAUAUCAUUGUGGUCGAUGUCCACCAGAAUGGCUUACAUAUUCCAACAACUGCUAUUACAUCAGCACUGAAGGAAAAACAUGGAAUGAGAGUCUGAUGGCCUGUGCUUCUAAGAACUCUAACCUGCUCUAUAUAGAUAAUGAGGAAGAAAUGAAUUUUUUGAACAUUUUUGAAAUACAUCCAUGGACUGUACUGUCCCAGAGAAAUACUACUAAUUCUUGGGUGUGGACAAUUGGCACAACUCUCUCUUCUGAACUAUUUGCCAAAACUUCCGAGUUGGACAAGAAUUGUGUAUAUUGGAAUUAUGACACACACAACUUCUAUUCUGAGUCCUGUGUAGAAAACAGAACAUAUAUUUGUAAGCACCAGUCACAUUAG